AUGGAUGACCUGGAGUCGCUGGAGCUGCUCUCACUCGUGUCGCGGGUGACGAACGAGCUCCAGAACCAUCUGGGCAUCAACGACAAAACCCUCGCCGAAUUUGUCAUCGAUCAACACCUGAAAUGCAAUGGCGCAUUUCCGGAGUUCAAGCAGGGGCUCGUUGACAUGGGUGCCGAGUUCCCGCAGAGUCUGAUGGAGAGUAUCGAUCGCCUGGUCCUUACCAUGCACCCGAAAUACAAAGCAAAGAAAGCAGGCAACGGCGACGCGCACAAUGGAGAUAUCGACGACGGUUUAGACGAAUUUGAUGCGCUAGAGAAAAAAGCACGCGUGUUUAAGGGCCUUGCUGUUCCAGACACCGAGAAACGCUGGGCGGAAAACGACUACCUGGAUCAAGCCGAUGACACACAAGUUGGCGCGAUGGAUGAUACAUUCGCCAUGUUGGAAGGGUUGGCUGGAAAGGCAAAGGAUGACAAACCGCAAACUUCGAGACACAGAGACAGAGAUGAUCGCGGUCACAAACGAAGUCGCAGCCCGGAGUACGACAAUAGUCGUGGACGUCGACACAGAGACAAAGAUAGAUACCGCUCAAGGUCUCGAUCGCAGCGACGCAGCAAGAAUGACGACCUUGUCGACGAGUUUGGGAGAUCUAUCGAUACAUAUAAAGACCGGAGACGGCGUCACCGUGAUCACGAAGAUGAUAUGAGACCACCCAUUGAGCUGGACGACCACCCUCAACUUUACAAGAUUUACGAUGGAACGGUGACAGGUGUGAAGGAUUUUGGUGCUUUUGUCAAUCUACAGGGAGUCAAAGGGAAGGUUGAUGGUCUUGUUCAUGUGUCGGCCAUGCAAGAGGGCGCGCGUGUAAACCAUCCGUCUGACCUCGUCUCUCGCGGGCAGCCAGUCAAAGUUAAAGUUGUAAGCAUCGAGGGCAGUCGUAUUGGUCUUUCGAUGAAAGAGGCCGAUCAAGUCACUGGAAUGGAUCUUAUCCCUCAAAAACGUUUAGCGUCAGGCGCUAAUAUGCAACGACUCGAUGGCGGAGGUGGCGCAAUUGAUCGGUAUGGCGGUCUCAGUUCUGAUGUGCCGGUCAUUGAAGAAUCUAAUGGCCGACCAAUGCGGAAUCGAAAGCGCAUGACCUCUCCGGAACGAUGGGAAAUCCGCCAAUUGAUUGCAUCUGGUGUUGCUUCCGCAGCAGACUAUCCUGACCUGGAGGAAGAAUACCAUGCCACUCUCACCGGUGAAGGAGCAUUCGAAGAGGAGGAAGAUGUUGACAUCGAAGUCAAGGACGACGAGCCUCCUUUCUUGGCUGGCCAGACCAAGCAAUCACUGGAACUCUCUCCCAUCCGUGUUGUCAAGGCUCCUGAUGGAUCCAUGAACCGCGCAGCAAUGUCCGGUACAACUCUUGCCAAGGAGAGGCGCGAUUUGAAACAACAAGAAGCACAAGAUAAAGCAGCUGAACGGGCAGCCGAUGUUGACCUUGGUGCCCAAUGGCUCGACCCUAUGGUGAAUCCCGAAGACCGGAAAUUUGCUUCAGAGCUACGUACUACCAAGCCGAAGGACGACGAAGCGGUACCAGAAUGGAAGCGAGUCACGAUGGGCAAAGACGGAGAUGGAAAGACCCAGUCAUUUGGCAAACGUACGGAUAUGCCUAUGAAACAGCAGCGUGAAAGUUUGCCAGUGUUCAAGUUCCGUAAACCGUUACUUGAUGCUGUCGCAGAUAACCAAAUUAUGAUUGUCGUUGGUGAUACAGGUUCAGGAAAGACCACGCAAUUAACUCAAUAUCUAGCCGAGGCUGGAUACGGUAACAAGGGCAUCAUCGGUUGCACUCAACCACGCCGUGUUGCUGCCAUGUCCGUGGCCAAGCGUGUCUCCGAGGAGGUUGGUUGUCGCUUGGGAGCUGAAGUCGGCUACACAAUUCGAUUCGAAGAUAUGACAAGCCCCGAGACCAUCAUUAAGUACCAGACCGAUGGUAUGCUUCAGCGAGAAAUCUUGAUCGAUCCCGACCUCAAGAAAUACUCCGUGAUCAUGUUGGACGAAGCUCACGAGCGGACCAUUGCGACUGAUAUUCUAUUCGGAUUAUUAAAAAAGACAGUCAAACGCAGGCCCGACCUCCGCUUGAUUGUUACUUCGGCGACAUUGGACGCCGAAAAGUUCUCUGAAUACUUCAAUGGCUGCCCUAUCUUCUCCAUUCCUGGCCGAACAUACCCCGUAGAGGUUAUGUAUUCCAAAGAGCCGGAAUCUGAUUACCUCGAUGCGGCUCUUAUCACCGUUAUGCAAAUCCAUUUGACUGAGGCCGCCGGUGAUAUCCUUCUUUUCCUUACGGGUCAGGAAGAAAUUGACACGGCGUGUGAAAUUCUUUUCGAAAGAAUGAAAGCUUUAGGACCAUCGGUCCCUGAAUUGAUCAUUCUCCCUGUCUAUUCUGCCCUUCCCAGCGAAAUGCAAUCACGAAUUUUCGAUCCCGCACCACCAGGAGCCCGCAAGGUCGUCAUUGCAACCAACAUCGCCGAAACGUCCAUUACGAUCGACAAUAUCUUCUAUGUUAUCGACCCUGGUUUUGUCAAGCAGAACGCCUAUGACCCGAAGCUUGGAAUGGACUCUCUUGUGGUGACACCCGUGUCCCAAGCCCAGGCUAAACAGCGUGCUGGCCGUGCUGGACGAACUGGCCCAGGAAAGUGUUUCCGACUAUAUACCGAAGCGGCUUAUCAAUCAGAGAUGCUACCAACAACCAUUCCUGAAAUCCAACGGCAGAACAUCUGUAAUACGAUCCUCAUGUUGAAAGCAAUGGGCAUCAAUGACCUCCUCCACUUCGACUUCAUGGACCCGCCACCCACCAACACGAUGCUUACUGCCUUGGAAGAGUUGUACGCAUUGUCUGCACUAGACGAUGAGGGUCUCCUCACACGCCUAGGCCGAAAAAUGGCCGAUUUCCCUAUGGAGCCCGCUCUAGCCAAGGUGCUAAUCUCAUCUGUGGACAUGGGCUGCUCAGACGAAGUGUUGUCCAUCGUCGCAAUGCUAUCAAUCACAAGUCCAUUCUACCGUCCCAAGGAGAAACAACAACAAGCCGAUCAAAAGAAAGCCAAAUUCCACGACCCUAUGGGUGACCACCUGACUCUACUAAACGUGUACAACGGCUGGAAGCAAUCCAACUUCAACUCCUCCUGGUGCUUCGAAAACUUCAUCCAAGCAAGGCAAAUCAAGCGCGCCGAGGAUGUCCGCAAGCAACUGCUCGGUAUCAUGCAAAGGUACAAGCACCACAUCAUUUCUUGCGGCAGAGACACCACCAAAGUACGACAAGCUCUUUGCACUGGUUUCUUCCGCAAUGCAGCUCGGAAAGAUCAGCAAGAAGGUGGAUAUAAGACGCUGGUACAGGGUACACCCGUUUACCUUCACCCGUCUUCUGCGUUGUUUGGCAAGGGCUCUGAGCAUGUUAUUUAUCACGAGCUUGUUCUAACGAGUAAGGAGUAUAUGCAUUACACUACUUCUAUCGAGCCAAAGUGGCUUGUUGAGGCUGCGCCUACAUUCUUCAAGGUCGCGCCUACGGACCGUUUGUCGAAGCGCAAGAAGGCCGAGCGCAUCCAGCCUCUGCAUAAUCGCUUUGCAGGCGAGGAUGAUUGGCGUCUUUCUGCCCAGCGCCGUGGAGGACGGGGAGGUGGUGGUGGAACCUGGGGUUGA